CCACUGGCCAUUUUAGGCCCUCUCUCCCCUUAUCCUACGAGCCAGCUGGAUGUCUUUGGGCAUGAUGGUGACACGUUUAGCGUGGAUGGCACAGAGGUUGGUGUCCUCAAACAGACCCACCAGAGCGCCAAUGGCAGCACUCUGGAAACGGAGAUCAGUCUUGAAGUCUUGGGCUAUUUCCCUCACCAGACGCUGGAAUGGAAGCUUGCGGAUGAGCAGCUCUGUGGACUUCUGGUAACGACGGAUCUCCCUCAGAGCCACAGUUCCUGGCCUGGGUUUUAA